GGUUUGUGAUGACGAACUUUUACCACCCACGAUAGACUUUGCGAUGCAACCGCCACAGAACGAACCUGUCCGGACACUUUUCGUCAGCGGUCUUCCCAUGGACGCCAAGCCCAGGGAGCUGUACCUGCUUUUUAGAGCCUACGAGGGCUAUGAAGGUUCAUUAUUGAAAGUUACCACAAAGAAUGGAAAGACAGCCUCGCCCGUCGGAUUUGUAACGUUCCACACAAGGGCAGGGGCAGAGGCCGCGAAACAGGAUCUUCAGCAGGGUGUUCGGUUCGACCCGGACUUGCCUCAAACGAUUCGCCUCGAGUUUGCCAAGAGCAACACCAAAGUUAGCAAGCCAAAGCAACCCAGCGCGACGGUCGCGCCCGCUCACCAGACCCUCAUGCACCCACUCACCCAACAUCUGUCCCCGUUCUAUCCGGGAGGGCCGGAACUCUGGCAACAUCCGAUAGCGUUCUCGGCCGCGGCGGAGCUGCCAGGCCCCGCGCUCCACCACCUGGUGCACCCCGCGCUGCACCCCCAGCUCCCCGACAUGAACGGCGUGUGCCCGCAGCAGGCUGAGGCCUGGCGGGUGUUCGGGCACCAGAGCCUGCAGCAGGGCCUGCAGCAGGGCUCGCUGUCGCUCGGGCACGCCCCCGGACACGCGCCCCCGCAGGGCCACAUGCCCCACUUCUUGCCGUCCCCGGCGCUCGCCUCGCCCGCGGGCUCCUCGCCCAGCGGGCCCCAGCCCCACGGCGGCCACCCGCACGGCCCCCACAACCCGCAGGGCGCCCUGGGCCCCUCGCAGGGGGGCCCGCCCUGCUCGGCGCUCUUUGUCACCGGCCUCGGCCAGUUCGUGUCUGAGCACGAGCUCAAGGACAUUUUCAGCAGGGAUCCAAACUUGCGGAAAAUGGACAACAUCAACAGCUAUUUGCAGCUCAGCACGUAAACUGGCGGAGGUUGCUGGCAAUCCAGUAGAGAUAUUACAAAAUUAAUUAACAAUUAAUUAGUGGGCUUGGCUGAGCCUGGCUGAUGUAGGCCUCGAUAUUUCUUUACAUUCCAUUAAUUACUUAUUUCCAAAACCAAUCCAAGCCAAAGGUGCCCAUAUGAAUCCCUGAUAUCUCAAGAAACUGUGAGUCUUGAAGGAGCAAAUUCGGGAAAAAUAUUUGGUAAUUUUGUUUUACAGAUUAAUGAAACAUGCCAUUAGCAUGAUACAUGCUAUGCUGGCAAACUGAUAAAAUGCAUUUUAGGAGGCAUUUAUGUACAAUCUUGUUAAUGAAGACUUUAUUUUUAUUCCCCUUAUAUUUUGAGAAACAUUAGGUUUUUGUUUUAAUCUGCCCAUAAAUACAUUUUAGAGUUAUGUUUUGCUUUUGAUCAGUCAAAUGUUUCAUAUUUUGCUGAGUUUCAUUAUCUGGUGAUUGCAUUUAGCAUUAAAUGAGGCAAGGGUGAAUCAAAUGAAUUGAGCCUUAAAGUAGGUUAAGAAAGCUUUUUGAAGUGUUAGACAUUCUAUUAACACAAACUAAUUUAUUUGUUGAUUUAUUCGUGUUUGACUUUUUAUGUAGGUUUGUUCAGUGAUGGAUAGCAAUAAACCAAAUUACCUUGCGGGCGGGCUGGGCUGAUAGAGGGAGUCCAUUGCUGGCAUCUAAUUUUAUCUCCUUGUACCAAAGCAAUGCCAUGGGGACUUCUUCUCCUGCCCCAAGGCAACCGUAAUCAUUAUGAUAGGAACAGUAUAACUAAAUGUCUAGUAGUGUUUGAUGAUUGGCAGGUUUUAUAAUAUUUCUGCUGUGCCGUUCCUGAGAAUUUGAAUUGUUCAGUGUUAGCUGCUUACAUUGUUACGAGCCUCUCUUGUAGUUUAUUAUAGCAGUAUUUCUCUCAGAGAUCUCAGUGAAAACAGUUCAUUCAGAAUUGACGGGACAGCGUAUUGUUAGUGUAUCUUUCUCAAUUGUGAGCAAUUAUUUAAAGGGUGGAAGGUUGAACAAAAUGUUUUUACAGUCCAUUCUCUCAAUAUUGCCCAAAUGGUACUGUAAGUAGACUGACCAUUGCUUGUUUCUAUUGGACAAUGGCAAAGUGCAGCUACAUUGAGACACUGUGGUUACUGCAGUAAACAAUGCGUCUUGAUCGGUCUGGCUCGUGAGAAGUUGAAAUUUGAACUGCAAUAAGGUUCUGUUGUUACGUAGUACCAGUAUUGAAGUAUGGAUCCUUCAUGUAUUAAUAUUGUUAUGCAUAUGAAGUCAGUGUCGACCAUUCUGGUUUUAUUAAUGAGAAAAAGAAGUUGUGUGUCUGGCAGAGCUGGAUUGAAAUCUACUAACUGGAAUACUGCAGGAGCCUCAUGUCUCUGUCUUCUGCAUCAUUGACAGGCAUAACUUUUUAUGUAGAAAUAUAUAUUAUAUGCUCUGUGUUGAUUUCUGUUUGAAACAAAUUUAGUAGAAACUUUUAUGAGAGUAAUAUUUAUUGAAUUUAGUAGUCGCUUUGUGUGUGCAAGGUUGAUGUGAUAUUUCAUAGAAUAAUGAUAAAUUGUAUGGACUGCACAUACCUAGAAGCUGAAUUAGAUAUGGAUUGGGAGACCCCCAUACAUCAGUUUCUAUUAUCAGAGAAGGAAAUGUAUCUCAAAAGAAGAUUACUAAAGCAAGGGAUGCAAAGAUAUGUAAUGCCAUGUUAAUAUCAGCUCUAGUAUGUCAGCCCUUUCUGUUUACGUGCUCUGUGUGGUAGUAGGUGUUAAAUUUGCUGGACAAAGGGCAAAUAAACAGAAGUUUUUCUUUAUGCCCAUAAAGUGUCAGUAAACUUAACACAAUGAUGCCAGCACAGGUAUGUGAAAGUUUCCGUCCAUUUUUUUGUCUUUAAAAUAAGAAAGACGUUACGCAGCUCAAAGCUACAGGGGCGAUCCUUGUUGUGGGGCACACUGGGGAUUGCAGAAAACACACAUAUCAGCUUAAAUUAAGAAAUUUAGGUAAAUUUGAAUUAUGAGAUCCGAACCUAUUUGUUGUUUGUGUAAACAUGACUUGUUUAGCAAUGCUAAUUGUAUCAUGAAAUUAUUAUCUAUUGCUACUUGUAAUGUAAUAAGAGGAUCAAUUACAAAGGCUCCUUUUUAUGUUUAGUUGUACACAGAGACAUGCAAACAGUGAGAACUUUAAUGCUCAUUGUGUACCUGUGUGUAACCCCUUACCUGUCUAAGAGAUGCUUGUUUUGUUUGUAAGCAUUUUCAAUGAAAACCAAAGUUGUACAUAGCUUUUAAAGAUGAUGCAUGAUAAGUAGAAUACUUGGACAGAUAUGUCUGCUAUGUUUUUUAAUUACUCUGAUUUCUUCAUUUUCAAUACUAGUGGCUCUCUUUUUCAAAGUUUAUAUUCUGGAAUACGCAUAGUCUUUUGCAAUAUCUGGUUAUCAUGAUUUUUCAUGACAGCAGAUAAGGAAAAAUUACUGCUUUGCCUAAGUAGUACCCCAGUGCUCAGAGAGCAUUGUGAUAACUCAUUGAGAUUUAAUGUGGAAUUAUUCAUCAACAAUUACGUUCUGCAGAACAUAGCAUUUUCUUCAGAUAACUCUUUGCAUCUCUAUGAUGUAUAUUUCGACACACUUUUUCCUAGACAGUUGUAAUGUCAAGAGUCACAGUGGCCCAGGCCUGGGUGGGAAGCAGCUUCUAAAUUUUGUUACCCCUGUGUCAUUUUUGUCAGACUCCUCGUACAGCUGUUGUAGUAGGAAGACCAUGCUUUCCCUUUCAUGUCUCUGUGUGCACUUCUUAUUUCCCUUCCUUCUCAAUGCAAUUUAUGGGGCUCAAAUAAUUAGACUAAAGUGUUAAUUAUUUUUAAUAUUCCAACAAAUUUUUUGGAAUUGCUGAACUUUUCUUUAAAUUUUUAAUUUUCUAAUGUUAUUUAUCAAUUAUGUUGUUAAUUCAAAGUUAUAAAUUGAAACAAAACAAUUCCCUUUGCAAACUCCAUGUGUAGUAGAGAAUGAAACAUUUAUCAUAUGUAUUACAAUCUUUGAGUGAUAUAUGACAUGUUUGAGUAGAUCUUGUCAAAUUUAGAUGCAGAAAAUGUUUUUCAGCCAUAAUCAAGUAAACCCAACUGUUACUUUUUUAAUUGUUAUGUUCUGUGAUGAGGCAGAAAGACAUCAUUGGAAGUUUGAGUCAAUUCAAACAGGCAACUAGCAAUAAUAAAGUCAACUGCACUUCUCAUGUGAGAUGCUCUAUUUUGAAUCCGUAUGGAGUUCUGACUGAACCUGAGCACCGAGGAAGUCAGAUAAUUUAGAUUCAACCAAUUCUACAUUCAAAAGUAUUUGAAUGCUCUAUUUUACUAUUAAUAUUUGAACCAUUCUAUUAAGAUUAGUGUGCAGAUAAGGAUAAGCAUUGAUUAACUGUCAAGUGUACUAGCGGAUGAUGUGAGUAAGGUCGAUCUCAAUUGUUUGUUGUUUAUAGUUUGAGCCCCAUAAUGCAGAUUUCCUCAAUGUUAUUUCUAAGGAAACUUUUUUUAACUCUUAAAUGGAGCUAUGUGAUAUAAUCUUUAAAACUAUAACCACUCACGCCUUCUGAUGAGCCAGCUUUAGGUACUAGAACAUAAAACACCAGUUUCUAAACAUAUCAUGAUCUGUGCCCCUUUUGAUGAGACAUCAUAAAAUUUUAGUAAUGUUAAAGCAAAGUUUGAUAUAUAUAUGACAUGAGAAUUUACAAAACAAAUCUUUUUCAAAUGUUUAAGGGUUUUGUGUAUUUCUAUCAAUGAGUACUUAUUACUUUUACUCUUUACUAUAAAUGUAUGAUUUUUAAGUUUGUUACUAAAAGAGUUGACAUAUCAUUGUUCAACAGUGUAACAUUGUGCAUGUCCAAAAUGUAUGUGUCUGGUUUAGGUAUUUAUGCCACACACAUGUUGUGCGCUCAGAUGUCUAUCUAGGAAUUAAAAUCAAGUCAAUUUUUGCAUUUCAGUUUUGCACCCAGCCAUUUCUUGAAGAAACAGCUUUCAGUCAUAAUACCAGUGUUCACAACUGAUAUUAAAUGACCAGCCCUAUGUGUGUGUGAGCAAUUUGAGUGACUGUGAGUAAAAAACUGCAAUACAUUGCUGUAUCAAAACCAAAUGGAUGAGCUUUGAUGGGUCGUCAAUCAUUCCUGUUAUGUAGAAUUAACUUGACAGGAAGUCUUCUUCCUCUUCUCUACAGUUGUUAGUUUUUGUGUGGCGUUAUUAUUGUAGGAGUAAAAUGUAAUUACAUUUUUUGUAAUUAUAAGGUUUAAACCAAGAAAAUAAGGAAACUAAAGGGUUGGUGUGCAUUGAAACGGAUGUUGAAACAUUCAUAGACAAUCUCCCUGGUUGAUUUGACAAUUGCGAAAAUAUUUGCUUAAUUUAAGGAUCGUUAACUGUACUAUUCCAAAGAUGAGCUAGAUUUCCACCAAAAUGGAAAGUUACCUGUGUGAUAAGUCUGUAAAAGCAGAAUUUGCCUUCAAUAACCAUAUCACUAAUUGUUAACUUUACAAUUGACAGAUCACCACAUGUUGUCUAUGAGGUUUGGAAGACUUAGACAAUUACUAUUUUUUUUCCUCUCUCGACUACUCUUUAUGUAUUUGCGGUGCCACCUAGUUCUAUCAACAGAAGGGCCAAGUUCUAAAUAGCUAUUUGAGGCAAACAAACAUCACAUAUUACGAAUGCAGAAGUAAACUGUUUUGCUUUUGAAGGAAGCACGCAAGGGUUUCUAUAAAAUCUGUGCCUUUUUCUGUUUUUCUUGCCAUGAACAAGACCUCUUUUUUCCAAAACAACUGAAUAAAGGUUGCUCAUUGUUGAUUUUUAACUAGUGUGGCCCAUGAUUUUUCUAUCUUGACUUACCUAGAGUAAUGACUGAGUUGACUUGAGUGGGAUUCCAUAAAGAAGUGUUCUGUUAUCUUUUCAUUGAGGAUAAUUUAAGUGGUUUUCUAAAGCAUAGAUAUAUUAAUAUAUUUUCAUUAUUUUAGGAGUAAAAAUUUGUCAGUUAUUUUUAUUAAAAACAAUAUGCGGCCCCAUAUCGUUAGUUUUUCUUUGAUAACAUUUAUAGUCGUGAGAGAGAAGUCAUAGUGUAUGUAUAAAGUCUGUAUGGCAAACUGAAGUAAACCAAUUCGAGACAGAUGAUUCCCAUAUUGCUGUUUUUGCUUAUUCACAGGGCGCAAUGUGAAAAUGCUUGACAUCCUUGCAAACUUUCUUCAUUAACGUAAAUUAAUAAUUUACUCUCUCUUAAGAACAAUUUUUCUUGAUACUUCUCUUUGUAUUCCUCCAAGUUCACCUGUUAAUUUUCACACAGUUGUUUGCAUGCGCCCUGCAUGUAUAAAGAAAAUAUCAUCCAACUUGUUAACAUUAAUUAUGGUUAUCAGUCGUUACCAUGACUCUACCAAAAUGUUCGGUUAUGAUCUAGUUGUAAAGUAGAAUCAUUCAGAGAAACAACAGCAAAUGGUUUUCUGAGGAAGUUGUGUACCACAAGCUUAGCACAGUCAGAGUCAUGAGCUAGUCACCACGUUAUGGCAUAAUUGUGACCAACACCAUCCUCUCAACGUGAUAAAGAAGAAAACAGAAACUACUGUUUCCUCAACAAUUCAAAUUUUUGAUUUUGUGUGGUAAACUGUGGCCCAGGAAAGAACAUAACUGGCAAAUCUGAUUUGUGUUUUGAAUUUCAAAUCAGAUCUCUGUAUAGGGUCCAAAGAAGGAAUAAAUACUGUCUGUGUAAAGAUA